CCAGGGUUUGCCGUGUGGUGGAACUGUACAGUGGUAUUGGAGGGAUGCAUUAUGCAUUGAAAGCAAGCCAUCUUGAAGCGUCGGUGGUUACCGCUGUUGACAUUAAUGAUCUUGCCAACAAGAUUUAUCAACACAACUUUCCAGAUGUCAACCUCAUGCAGAGAAAUAUUCAAUCUUUAACCCGAGCAGAGUUUACCGCCUUGGACGCUGACAUGUUUCUGAUGAGUCCACCAUGCCAACCGUUCACAAGGGUUGGUUUGAAAGGAGAUAGUGAUGAUCCACGCACACAAAGUUUUAUUCAGCUUCUAGAUCUAUUACCAAAAUUAUCUAAACUGCCAAGUUAUAUUCUUCUGGAAAAUGUCAAAGGAUUUGAGACAUCAAAUACAAGGAGUCACCUCAUACAGACGUUGCGACAGUGCAGCUAUACUUAUCAGGAGUUCCUCCUCUCCCCUUACCACUUCAACAUUCCCAACCAACGCCUCCGUUACUUUAUGGUGGCCAAACAUCGCCCUCUAGUGUUCGAGUCUACAAACAUAUCGGAUGAAGUGCACAGAGUCUUACAACAGCAGCGGAUUCUAGAAGAUCCCCCCUGUCAUGAUGAAGACAAACAAGUUGCUGAUGUAGCUUUGGAAAAUAGUUUUGAUCGCAGUGAUUCAGUGGAGAAGAAUGUAGUCGUUUCAUCAUGCAGCUGUUGCAAAGAUGAAACAAACUUGGGCGUGGCUAGUUGCAGUCAGAGGUUACGUGACGUAAUGAUAUCUGAUCGGGAAGACAGCAGCUCAUGUCAGACUGUCAAUCCAACCACAAAUCAACAAUCAACCAGCCAUCCUAGGGAGGCAAAUUCAAAGUCGGACUCGUCUUUACAAGCACUGGACACGUUUGGUCGUGAGGGUGCAGAUCCCAGAGACCCUCUGGACUCCCAGAAUCCAGAGGAUCUUCAUGGGCGUCUUGUAGGAGAUUACUUGGAGAAUCUAUCAGCGGAACAAGAAGAAAGAUUCUUACUUCAAGACAAGUUGUUGAUGAGGUUUGCUCGUAUCAUCGAUGUGGUUACUUGUCAAGAUUGCAACACGAGAUGCUUCACCAAAGCGUAUGGUCAUUAUGUGGAGGGUACUGGCUCAAUGUUGCAAGUGAAUUCAUCAUUGAAGGGAACGACUCUCUUGAAGAAUUGCAGUCAAGAUGUCAAGAUGAUCUCAGCUGAGUACCUCAAGGAGCUGAAGUGUCUCAAGCUUCGCUACUUUACACCUCGGGAGAUCGCCAAUCUACACCACUUUCCUCAAACUUUUGAGUUUCCAGAUGGUUUGUCCAGGAAGCAAGAAUACCGUGUACUUGGUAACAGCCUUAACGUCCAUGUAGUGUCCGUCCUCCUUCGCUAUAUGGUCACCGAGACUGACUCUCUCAAGGCUUGAUGGUUCCUCAAAACACCAGGAUCAUGUUAUGAUGUUGCAUGCUGUAUUUGCCCGUCUUUUCUAUAAUGACCACUGACAUGACUGAGGUUUGCAGACAAGCUCUGUCCUCCUUCGCUAUAUGGUCACCGAGACUGACUCUCUCAAGGCUUGAUGGUUCCUCAAAACACCAGGAUCAUGUUAUGAUGUUGCAUGCUGUAUUUGCCCGUCUUUUCUAUAAUGACCACUGACAUGACUGAGGUUUGCAGACAAGCUCUGUCCUCCUUCGCUAUAUGGUCACCGAGACUGACUCUCUCAAGGCUUGAUGGUUCCUCAAAACACCAGGAUCAUGUUAUGAUGUUGCAUGCUGUAUUUGCCCGUCUUUUCUAUAAUGACCACUGACAUGACUGAGGUUUGCAGACAAGCUCUGUCCUCCUUCGCUAUAUGGUCACCGAGACUGACUCUCUCAAGGCUUGAUGGUUCCUCAAAACACCAGGAUCAUGUUAUGAUGUUGCAUGCUGUAUUUGCCCGUCUUUUCUAUAAUGACCACUGACAUGACUGAGGUUUGCAGACAAGCUCUGUCCUCCUUUGCUAUAUGGUCACCGAGACUGACUCUCUCAAGGCUUGAUGGUUCCUCAAAACACCAGGAUCAUGUUAUGAUGUUUCAUGCUGUAUUUGCCCGUCUUUUCUAUAAUGGCCACUGAGGUAUGCAGACAAGAUUUGUGAGAGAUGUCCAGAAACUGAAAGAGUGGCACCAUCAUCAAUAUCAUCAUCACAACUUAAUGAGCAAGUGUCGAGUGUGCACAAUGGUUAAUUAAAGGUUGACUAUUUUGACUCUAACUCAGGCUGGUCGACCAUUGGUUGACUACUGUGGUCGACCGUUUGGAACCAGCCUCAUGACCAUAAGACAUUAUCUCUGACUUUUCACAUUUGUUUUUUUCAAUGCCUUUUCUAUGGUGUUGUAGUUUUGUUGAUUGUCUCGUUUUGG